GCGAGUCGCGAGAGCUCGACCGGCAGCUCGUACACGACCCCGACCGCCUCCUUUUUCGGGGGUUUCGGUUUCCGGUUCGGACACCCGUUCGCAGGGACGAAGCGGUUUUCCCCAUCCCCCGUGUAUCCAUCCCUCUCUCUCUUUCUCUCUCUCUCUCUCUCCUUCUCUCUUUCUCUCUUUCUCUCUCUCUCUCUCUCUCUCUCUCUCUCUCUCUCUCUUGCUCCAUCUCACCCUCUCUUUAUCUCCGUUACUCUCCGCCACCUCUUUCUCUCCAUCCCCAUCUCUCUGAUCUUUCGUCGCUUUCCUCUUGUCAGCCGCUGUCUCAGUCUAGCGCGAGUUGCCACGUUCGGUCGAACAUCGCGGCGUGCAUCCUGUACGUGCCGCCUGUGCGAGGGGCUACGCGUCUCGACGUCUUCGUCGCCGCACUCGUCGUGGUGCUCGCGAUCGCCGUGGUGAUCGCGUACUCGGAGUAGUACUCGCGCGCGCGUUCGCACUCCGCUGGACCCGGUGCCGCCGCGAUGCGAGGUAGAACCGUGCGCGCGAGAGGAACGCCGGACAACAACAGUUACGGAUAAGAAGGGCACGUAGAGUGACGGGAACGUGGCGAAUGGGAGUGCGGAGGAGAAGGUGGGAUAGCCGCAACAGGACAGGAAGAGCGACAAACGCGGACACACGAGAAUGCACGCUCGCGCGAACGCGUGACCCCUGCUGAAGAGGUGGAGAGUGCGACGUGGACGAGGGAGAGAAGGCAGGAUAACGGAUAUAAAAGCAGGGGAAAACGCAGUGAAGAAAAGCGGCGAAUUUCGCUGCCUACGUGGAACGGCUCGCUGGCAGAGGGAGCAGCCACGCUCCGCGAAGUUGCCUGGAUACGGGCAACACCGUGUUGCGCUCCGCUCAAGUAGGAGGCAGGGAAGGAGGCGGAGGUGGUGGUGCUGGGCUCUUCGCGGGAGGAUGGAACGUGCGGUGAACUGUAGUGAGACGAGGAAGACGAUCGCCGGCCAGGCCGCGAACGCAGGUCCGUGGUGCAGCCAAGAGUCGCGAUAGCACACCCGCGCCCCUCGAAGCUCGUCGACAGAGAAAGAGAGCAUAGGUCGGGAAUCGCGCGGCGACGUGCUCGCGACUCGAGGGAAACCGCGACGAGUACAGCGCGGCGUCGUUCGCGACGUGUUUCGCACUUGGUCUCGUUCGCCCGCAGAUUCGACCGAGUAGUCAUCUCCACGUCCGUCAAGGCCCCGUCGAAUUCACGGGAUCUCGUCGCCUCGAUUCUCGCGUGUCACAGGAGAGAUUCCGUUCUUUCCUGUGCGUUCGCGCAAAUAUCCGCACGCAAAUAUCGAGCGCUCUUGUUCCCGGCUCUGUGUUGCUUCGCGCUCGCGACCGGGAAUUUCGAUCGAAUCGCCGACGUGGUGGGUGGAAGCGUGUAAUGAAGUGAGCUCCCCGGUGCCGGUAGAGAAAGGGGUGAGAGCACUCGUAACGACAGACGCCACCGCGUGGGGGAGAGCAUUCGGCGUAGCGAGGAAGCGUAGUCGCCGCGGACACCUGUAAACCGAGCGCGAGCUGUCCGAGCUCUUCUCUCGCGGCGAGAGAUCUUCUUCGAGUGUCCUGCCGACCGGAUAGAGACACAAACAGGAAGAGGGAGCCAAACGUAUGCGCCCUCAAACGUACGUUUAAUUGACCGAUAAAACGACGCGUGCGACAAAUGCCUGAACGUGGCCGCAGGUACGUUCGUAUCGACUGGCAGAAGUCGCAACAUCGAAACUCCGCCGACGCAUUUCCCAUGGGAGAUUAAAACUCGCGCCAUUAUCGCUUCUGAGACGUGCGAGACGGAAAAAAAAUUAAAAAAAAAAUUGCUACCUGUGUCGAUAGAAAGCAGGAGGGAGAGACAGAGAGAGAGAGAGAGAGAGAGACCCGAGGUAAUGACGUGCCAUUUAACGCGCACUCCCUCGUGAAUCCGAUAAAUAGGUCAUCGUAACGCUGGAAUCGUGAUCAAUUGCUGGUCGGUCGGGGAGAGCUGUAGCUAAUUAAUUCGCAUGUUUUUAUCGCGCACCACGGGAUAUUUCUCUUUGAUAUAAUUCGAGACUGUUGCAUAGACAUGCGGGAACAAAGACGCCUUACGACACGUUUCUCCUCCUCGGGGGUUUCACUUUUCAAGCGCUAAAUCACAGUGAGAUCGUUUAUCCCCUUCUCGCAUUUCUAUCAUUCUCUCGCUUAUAUUAACACCAAUAAUUUUUUGCGUCUAGUAAUAAUAUAUAAUAUUUAAUUUCUUCAACAAAUAUUUCAUCGCGUGGAUUAUCGAAAGCUUGAGAAAGAAAAAAAUCUAAAUAAGACGUAAAGCCGCUUAAAAGAGCUUUGCUUGAAUUUAACGCUGCACUGGAUUUAAUUAUGUUUCUUGUGCAUUCUCGCGCGGCACUAAAUUAUUCGGCCGAAGAAACAUUUUACCCGCGGAGACGGACAUGUGUGUGGGUGUGCAUAUGUCACUUUUUCAAUUAUAUCAAUAAUUCAUGCGAUCUCGCCAGGAACAUGGAAAAUUUACGGUAACGGGACUCAGCGAAACCGAUCGUCCUCAGUCACCGCACGUUUUACCAAGGGGAAUACGAGAAAUCCCUUCUUGCUGAUAGUGAAAUAGUAAAUCAACCGCCCGACUUGUAAAUCACCCGAACCUUCGACGUCCAUAACGACCGCAACCGUUUCAUCCGGCGAAAAGAAAGAGGACAAGAAUAUUAGUCAAAUGAGUGAGCUUGAUUUCACUAUCCCGCGAGGAGAUAUUUCACAGAAGCGAGGAGUGUUCCUAGUGUAUAAAUUUCAAUGGAUCCCCCGCGAGAAUGCUCGAAACGCUGGGAAGCACCGUCGCGCGAACGUAGCGCGUUACUGCGAGCAAUAAUACGCCAGCGCUGAGCGAUCGAGAGCUCCACGAGUACGCAUAACCGAGGAGCGCGGAAGAACAUUGGUUAUGACGGCGAAGUCGGGAGGUGCGUUAGUGAAGGCAUCGAGUAUCGAUUAGCGGACGAUUCGCGCGGAAUUGAACUCGACUCGUGACACCUGCACGAUGAUAAUCAGUGGCGCAGCGGGCGACAAAGCGCUUCCGGGCGAUACUCGCGCUGGUGACCGCUGUAUGUAGAAGUGAACACGAGAUUGCAGUGCAGUGCGUCGCGCCACGAGACGGGGGGCAGCUCGGGGCCGGGUAGAAGAACAUCGGUGUCGAGCCUCGAGAAGCAGCCUGCGAAAAUUCGUCUGCCAUGGCGCACCAGACGGGAGGUCUACCGCAGUUGCGAAUAAAGUUUUAUACCAAGGUCGCCGCCGGUCUCCAAAUAGUCCUCUUGCUCACCGUCCUACCUCAAGAGAGCCUUUGCGGGCGCCACGAGAAACGCUUAUUGAAUCACCUGCUGUUAAAUUACAACACCUUGGAGCGACCGGUCGCGAAUGAGAGCGAGCCGCUGGAGGUGAAGUUUGGCAUCACUCUGCAGCAAAUCAUCGACGUGGAUGAAAAGAACCAAAUACUCACAACCAACGCGUGGCUGAAACUGGAGUGGACGGACUACAACCUCCAGUGGAACGAAUCUGAAUACGGCGGUGUGAAGGACCUUCGAAUUACGCCGAACAAGCUUUGGAAACCGGAUAUCCUCAUGUACAACAGUGCGGAUGAGGGUUUCGACGGGACGUACCAAACAAACGUGGUGGUCACGCAUAACGGCAGUUGCCUGUACGUCCCUCCGGGCAUCUUCAAGAGCACAUGCAAGAUAGACAUCACUUGGUUCCCCUUUGACGACCAACACUGUGACAUGAAGUUCGGAUCCUGGACCUACGACGGCAACCAGCUCGAUCUGGUACUCAACUCAGAGGAGGGUGGUGACUUAUCCGAUUUCAUCAUGAACGGGGAAUGGUACCUCAUCGGUAUGCCGGGAAAGAAGAACACGAUAAUGUAUCAGUGCUGCCCGGAGCCGUACGUCGACGUCACCUUCACGAUACAGAUACGCAGGAGGACCCUCUACUACUUUUUCAACCUGAUCGUGCCCUGCGUGCUGAUAUCGAGCAUGGCCCUAUUGGGCUUCACCCUGCCGCCCGAUUCCGGCGAGAAGCUCACCCUAGGAGUGACCAUUCUGCUGUCGCUGACAGUUUUCCUGAACCUCGUGGCAGAAAGCAUGCCGACGACCUCGGACGCUGUCCCUUUAAUAGGAUCAUACUUCAAUUGCAUCAUGUUCAUGGUGGCGAGCAGCGUUGUGUUGACCGUUCUAGUGCUCAACUAUCAUCACAGAUCGCCCGACAGAUACGUGAUGCCAAACUGGGUCAAAGUCGUGUUCCUGCAAUGGCUGCCGUGCGUGUUGCGCAUGAGUCGGCCGGGCAAGAAGAUCACGAAGAAGACCAUUCUCAUGAGCAAUCGAAUGAAGGAGCUGGAGCUGCAGGAGAGGAGCAGUAAGAGUUUACUGGCGAACGUCUUAGACAUCGACGACGAUUUUCGCCAUGGGAACAGCGCCGCCAAUCCCGCCUCGGGCUAUAAUAUAAGCAGGUCGGCGUACGGCACUCCGCUGUCGACCAGACCGGCGACGGUCGAAGAGACUUCAGCAUCGUUGCCCCUCAGCGGCAUGCAGAAGGAACUUCACACGAUUCUCAAGGAAUUGCAGUUCAUCACGAACCGCAUGAAAAAGGCGGACGAGGACGACGAGGUCAUUAGCGACUGGAAGUUCGCCGCCAUGGUAGUCGACAGGGUUUGCCUGUUCGUCUUCACGAUAUUCACGCUUUUGGCUACGGUGGUGAUACUACUUCGUGCGCCACACAUAAUCGUCCAGUAAUAGACUGCCCCGGUCGAGCCACCGAAAAAAUGCACAAAAGAUGCCAGGGAUAGCGCCUCCUGGAAUUUGGAACGAUGUCCAAUGCGAUUCGAGGAGGCAGCUACGGAGCGCGUCGAAGUGACGGGAAAGCGCGGAAAGACAGACGGACUCGUUUAGCCCCCCUUUCGCGCCCUUCCGCGCGCGACUCAGCCCCGGGAGACACGCGGGGGCGUUCUCGGGUUCUCGGAUCACUCGCUUACACGCUGGGAACCGCCGUCGGGCUGCGCGCCCCAGGUUCUUUCGCGACGUGCUGCUUUUCACAGUUAGGCGAUCAACAAGGCGAGUAGGAGCGAGACCCCCGAGACGACGUUCACGAAGGGGAAACCGACGGGGAGGAUGAACUUCCGGCGGCGGCGGCGGCGGCGGCGGCGACGGCGGCAAACGCGCGUCUCGUCUUUCUGGCCCGGAGAAAACGCUCCCCCGGAUUCGAGAGGACGAGACGAGAGAAGGGAACAAGGAGAUCCGAUCGCCGACGUCACGCUCCGUUGCGACUGCGUUCUUUCGUUAAAGUGACUUAAUUACGUUUCUAGUGCGGUAACCGGGUCGUAGGUCGACGCGCGACGCGAACUGGACGGAGAUUUAGAGGGUGCCUGCCUCUAGAUCGUAAACGAAGGUAGGUGUGGGUGGCGAGGACACGUUGCCGAGAGAGAGAGAGAGUGUGUCCGUCGCGUGUCCGCGGAUCGCUCGAUCUUCCGGAUCGGUUCCGCUCGCGUUCCACAACGACCACCGUGGAGCUUCCGUCGCGAGACGACGCGAUCGUCCGUUCGACUUGGUCCCCGGCGGUCGAGUCAGAACACGAGCGAUACUAUCAGCACGUCUCGACGAUCGAUACGACCUCGCGGCUUAGCACGCACGAUGAGAUGGAGAAGGCGACGGGUCCGAGAUGGCGUAUUACGAGGAGCGAGAUCGCGCAGUCCUCGGAAGAGCGUUGUUGCGGCCUUUCGAUAAUAGUAACAAUAACGAUAAUAUUUCUUAUAAUAAUGAGAAUAAUAAUUAACGGUAAUUACUGUUAGUCGCUUUGCGCGCUGGCGCGCGCGAGCGCGAGCACGCGCGUUACGACCGAGUCGUAACGCAAACGCCGCGAUCUGUUGAGGGUCUCUCGUGGGGAGCCGAGACGGACUUUAAAAUAACUGCCAAAUAGAAAAACUCGAGUCAGGGGUGUUCAAUCUUCUUCUCAAAACUGUGUGGGAAAGUCUAGUGCGGCCUGGACGAUCGACAGGGUGGGAAAAAAAAAACGCGCACACACGCGGCGCCGUGACCAAUGGACGAGGGGGCCCCAGGGGGUGGGGCUCCUCUCUCUCUCUUCGCUUCUACCGAGGCGCGGGGGUGACGCGUCACCGUCGUCGCCUCGACCGCAGGGGGACGAUAUUCGUCGCCCGCGAUCCGCGGCCGAGCCGCGCGCGCGAUUCAGCCGCGUUCCUCCGCAAGGCGAGAGCCGCGCGUGGUAAACGGACGAGCACCGUCGACGAUCGCGCGAUCGACCCUCCUCGCUCGAUAUAUUUUUCCACGUACUCCCGUUUAGAAAACUCCCCCUAUCUCGCACUCGCGAAGCUCACGUUACCGCAGAUGAGAGCGAUCCCCGCCCCUGUGCACCCUCGCGAAACCCGACGGAUAUUUUCACACUUCCGCGUGUUGUGCACCAUGUGUCGCACCAUAUACACUAACCUACACACACACACAUAUACACACGCUCAUACAUACGCCGCGUGUCGAAUGCUAUAUAUAUAUAUAUAUAUACUACGUGGUCGCGCACGCGGGAUGCAUACAAGCGCAAGAGAGAGAGAGAGAGAGAGAGAGAGAGAGAGAGAGAGAGAGAAAGAGAGAGAGAUUGAAAGAGAAAGAUCCGACGCGUUGCUUAUUCAGUCGGUCGGUGGUAGAGGGUCGAUCGAUUGAUCGAUUGACCAGCCGGAUCGUACGAGGCGCAGGCAGCGAAAAUGAAAAGCGAGCGAGCGAGCGCGAGAACAAAUUACGAAGGUGAGCAUGCGACGAAAGCGAACGAAUCGCGGACAAAACUGCCAAGUUGGACCACCCCUGCUUUCCGUACAGUCUCUCGCGCGUACUCGAGUCCUCGAGGACCUCGGUAAAUCCGUCGUGGAUCGUGAUCGAGCGCUGCGCAAGAGCGAUCGACAUGAGAGCCAAUACCGACGACCAUUUCGUCUCGGUGGAUCGCGUAAUAUCGUUGCUCGACUUCGCGUUGUCGAGACCCUUCGACGACCGUGAACCUGAAGGCUCGUCCGACGAAGUCGCUGCCUCCCCUGCUGUUUUUCGCCAUUUUGGCUCUAUUUCCGCUCCGCUUUAAAUUUCCCGCCCGAUAUACAGAUCCCGCGCAUAUGACUGGUCGGAGCGAAAACGACACGAUACUGCGCGCGCUGUGUUAGUUAGUUAGUUAGCUAGCAAUUAAUCAAUCUCACGAACAUGCGUUUCCGAGCCCCUGGAAACGCGCGCGCGGAAUUCCCCAACGCGCAGUGUCACGACAUCGGUAAACAGAGAAAACACGGUUUGUACCGCUGUACAAUAUUCCACCAGGUCUGACAAUUCGGUCCGCGGCAAGUUUUCGCGCGUAUGAGACAGAGAGAGAGAGAGAGAGAGAGAGAAGGAGGAGAAAGAGAGGAGUUAGAGAUUCUCUCGAUCAAGUCUUCGAAACUCGUCAAGUGGUUCUCGACGCGACGACUGUGUGCACCGGAUGCGAACUGCCGCAUAGAAUUCCACCUCCGCGCAAAGUGCCUCGCUCAGAUUUCAAACACAAGAGUCCCGAGCGUUCCCUUCAAUAGAACCGCGAAAGUAAAGGCGCUUGCUCGGCCGACGAUGCUUAGACCGCGCGCCCUGACGUGUUGUUGUUUAAUCGCGCCCGAAGCGUGUCAGCGAAAUUGCGUGUACCCGACAAAAGAGCUCUAAUAAUUUUUCCCCACAUAUCCGGGCUUUCAUCUAGAAUAUUACAUCUGAUAAAUUGCUCACGAAGAUCGGACAAUUCGCAAGAUAGCUUCAAUUACGCUCAGACACGAGGCUCAGUUGAAAUGUUUGCUCAGUUGUAAUAACAGCGCUUUCACACACAUUGCAUUAGCAUAAUUGUAUAAUAUCUGAGUCAGCGGAUAGCGUUUACUCCCCUUGUGAGAGAAAGAGAGAAUGAGAGCACCUGUGAGACCGAACGAGAGGGGUAUCGUAGAGGGAGCUCACGAAAUUAAUAUAUCGACUGAUCGCGUCGAUUUCACGUUUUAAGCUGCGAACGAAUCACUAAAUCAAUUUACCACAACGUACACCUGACAAUUGCCCUCUGAAUCGGCAAAAAACGACAGACGCGUGCCCAAAAGAUUGGUUUUCGUUUCAUGUCUCUACGUGAAUUCACUCACGAGUUGUAGCUCUUUAAAGUUUCGGCACGCUCGGUAUCGUCGAACCGCUAGCACGUAAGUCACGGCGCUUUAAAGUCGCACUGCGCACGCGUCAGCGAGAUCGACGACCGCGUGGUCGACAGCUGUCAUAGCGUGGAAUCCGUUUGGGGCUGCAAACGCUUUGGAGCGUGCGAAGAAAAACUGGUCCACAGGGCGCUUCGGAGCAUUUGCAGCGUCAAAUGGAUCCUACCCGUAGCCGGAAAUCGGAACGCGUUCCAGCGCGUGACGCGUUAUGCAAGGCAGCUGGAGCACAUAGUUUCCUCCACCAGCUGAUUAUUCGACCACACGGUUGAAGCAUGAAGAAAAAUUCACUGCAAGUGAAUUCACUAAUUAUUUAAUAUUUUUACGUUAUAUUCCUCAAUAUCCUCUAUACCUCUUUUUAUAUUUCAAUUAAUCUAUCUGUAUUUAAUCUAUUUUUAAUUUCUAUAAGUAAUCGUAACGUUGUCAACCAUAUAAACUACUCAAGUGUAGAUAUAGCAUAUGUGCAAUAUAAACGGAUAUUGAGUAAUUAACGUGGAUAAAUAAUGCGAUUGAGAGAUAAACAACGUAACUUUCUGUUCUCAUGACCUUUUCGUCAUUAUUCAUCUAAUUAACGUUUGAAAUUUUAAUAGGAUCUGAGCAUUUAAGAGCUGAAAAGGAAGUAUCGUGAUAACAAAGUUCUACAAACAGCAAUAACAAGUUCAAGAUGAAUCGCGUGCUAGCGGGUAUCAUCAGAGAAAUCGAUUUCAGUUUUGCAAGACAAUAGGUAUCCGUAUUUACAAAAUAACUUUUUUCAUCGAAAGCAUAAUUAAUUACAGAUUCGUAUACACGAGUCAUUACUCGACUAUUUGAUCAAGUUUUCUGUUAUAUGAAUCGUUAUCUGUCAUAUAACAAUUGUAGAUACAGGUUGCAGAUUUGUGUGAGAUUACAAUGAUUUAUUAAAUGAGAUAACCUAAAUUCGGAUCUCUUUGUUCUGAAUAAAUUCGCCAAACACCCGAUACAAACGGGAAUUUCCUGUGUAAUAAAUGAUUUUACAUACCUGAAAAUUCAUGGUGUAUCGCUGCUCUCGUUCCGACGUCUUGCUUCUCGAUCCAACACCCCGGCAGUUCCAUCGUGGCACUGACAUUGAUACUCGCGUAGGUACGAUUCGAUCAAAAAUACACGUGUUAGAUAACGCACUACCGACGAAGGUCCCGUUAAAUAUUUCAGAAUACCCGACGAGAUACUUUUAUCACCCGAGAGGAAUGAAAAAUAAAGGACCGAUGUACGUGUCGCUCGCUGGUUCGAGACAUAAUAAACACGGAGAAGCACGCAACGCGCGAGAAAGUGUUUAACCGCCUUAACGAUCCGGGAUGUUUUGAUUGUUUUUAUGAUCGCUCGGCAGUGACAAACGACGAUUGUUGUGUCGACGACUAACGGUAGAGUAUGAGUUUACUCAUUUUGUCCUAUUGUUUUGAUAUUCUCGCGCGUCUCACACUUCUCUCGAGUGUUACGUCUUACUCAAGAUAGAUCUCUCGAAAUACUCAAUCGAACUUUCAGCACGUCAAUUAACACGUCUUUCUUCGAUAAAAUUGUAUUUGCACGAGUGUUAAUACUGUCAGAUAGUAUCCGGAAUGCCACGAUAGCGCCGUCAAGAGCAAAAUACUAGAUCGGAAAGCUAACACACAGAAAAAUAUUAUUUUACCAAGAAAAAUGAUAUGCGUUCGUUUUCGUUUAUUCGACUAAUGAUUAUCUUCAACAAAGAAUAGUUUCCUGACAACGGUCUUAAUAUGUUCAUUAUGAAUUUUAGGAAAGAAAAAUCUAUUCUCUUUACAAGAAUAUGAUGAAAUCGGAGAAAAAGUUGCUUCGACUCUAUGGAGUAGUAGUGAGCAAGCCAAAUUUUUCUUUCAACUUGAUGCUCUUGAUUGUAAAAUGCUGAACUCAUUAAGAUUCAAAAUGUACUUGUAAUAAAUCUGAUAAUUAUGAUGAACCUGUGAUAGAUUUGCAGAUAUACAAACUUGAAAUACUUGGAACAAAUAAUAUUUACUUGCGUGUAGUAUGUAUUUUUCUGACGUAAAAUGCACGGAAAAAAAGGUUUGGUUGAAUUAACCAAA